CCUUUUACUUCCCGCUACCAGCCACAACAAAGGAAGUAGGCCCAAGAUGUCCGUGGUGUUGCCAGCCAUGAACCUUAAUGAUCGUGUGAUCAAGGACAAGGAGUUUGAGGUGAUGAUGCAGAUUGACUGUGAGGUCACAGACACCAGGAUCAUCCACAUCAAGUCCUCCAGUAUCCCACCAUUCCUGCGUGUCAACCGCACCGGCACCCUGUACCCGCCUUCACCUUCGGACAGCGAGGCCACGCCUCCUGUCCAGGUGCUCAUGGGUUCCGCGUAACCUCUGUCAACCAAUCGAAUGGACUCACAAACCCGUAACUUCCACCAACCAAUUGAAAAGAUGGAACAGCAACACCAGUCUGUUCUGCUCCACCAGUUUAACAGAUGGAAUAACAC